AUGUUGCUUCUACCUACCACCGUUUGGAUAAGGCAAUUUGGAAGACGUAUUCUCCUUUCAAAUUCAGCGUUACUGCUGCGCACAACACCCCAGGUUUAUCUCCCACUGCACAAAAUGUUUGCUUCUCGACAUGGUACCCGGGGGAGUGACCACCUCCGAUUCGAUCUCGAUGAUCUCAAGUCCUACACCCCCGGCGACACCAUCAGUGGCAGCGUCGUGCGCUGUAAACAUAUUGUUAGUUUUGAGGCUACAUUGACUCUUUCGCUGUUGGGUCGCAUGAAUGGCCAUCUUAAGCCCCGUGACGAAGACCAACAGGUGUCAGAUGACUGGACUUUAUUUCACACGCUGGAGGAAGUGCUAUUUAGCGGACCUCUUCAUCUACCUGAAGCGAGCAGCGAGCCACUGAGAUGGUCUUUCACCAUCCAAAUACCCACCAAGCCAGUCGAUACACUUACGAAAUCUCGAACACAGGCGGGAAGCUUUCUCCCGAUCGAUGAAAACGCGCGACAUCAUGGACUGCCCGGAACAUUCAAAGGGCUCGGCCGCGAUUCCAAUUUCGCCGCCGGCUGCUUCAUAGAAUAUUGGCUUACCGCCAGCUUGAAACAUACUUUUGGGUCGCCUCAAAAAUCCAUGGCUACUUCGGUAGUGAAAAUUGAUCAUCCGCAUGAGAUGGUCCCGAACGACCAGCCCGAGCAGCUUACAAACUUAUCCCUCGAGGGGAAAGUCCAAACUCAGCGACUACUUCUCGCUGCGAACGACACAACCUUAUCAUUCAAGCAAAUGGUACAGAGACUUACUAGAUCAUCUAAAGUUCCCAAGGUUUCUUUCCAGAUAAAUCUCACAUAUCCUCGCAUUUUGGACAUCAACCGCUCCAACUUUCCUCUUGUCCUCGACAUCGCGCGUCACGGGGAAAACACCAGCGAUUCACUAAAGAAUACUCGACAGGAAGCUCAGAUAAACUGGUUCAAAAUGUCCCUGAUCAGCUACAGUCAUAUCAUUGUUGCAGAUCGCCCUCCAUUCGGCAAUGUUCAUAAAGAUAUACAUCGGUCCUCGAUUGACGCCCACCUGGAUAGAACAUUCGACAAACCGGACUCUCCAUUGGUCCUACCUCUGGGAGACCAGCAUGCAUCUCUUAAUUUGGGGGAAUUGUUCCAACUUGCUUUCCACAAAGAAGGUCUCAGCUAUCGUGUUUGGCGCCCCUCUCAUGCCUCGCGUCCCUAUUGUGUGUUUGCCCCUAUAUAUCCCGACUUUGUCACAUACAAUAUCAAACACACGCACGGAAUAGACUGGCAAGUCUCGGUAACCAUCGCAGGAGAAACUCAAGUACUCCGUAAGAGUGUUCCUAUCAAGGUCAUCCAAUCAACACCUGAAAUUUGA